AUGAAUGUUACUAAAUAUAAAUUUUUUCUAAUUAAAAGUUUAUUAUCAUUUGUUCUUAUUCCACGUUUAUCAAUCAAUACAACACCAUUGAUUGAACAAUGUUGGCAAUGUCAACGUAAAAUUGAUCGAAUUGAAUCUCCAGCAUAUUGUCCAUGUGAAAAACAUGUUGUAUUACCAGUUCGGACUGAUAUCGAUUAUUUUCGUUUAUUUGAUUUGUCACGUUCAUUUGAAAUUGAUACAAAACAAUUAACGAGAACUUUUCGAAAUCGAAUGAAAUUUUUACAUCCUGAUUUAUUUUCAAACAAAUCUGAUAUUGAGAAAACAUAUUCUCAAGAUCAAUCGUCUUUAUUCAAUAAUGCAUAUAAAACUUUAUUAUCACCAUUAGCACGUGCUCAUUAUUUACUUAAAUUAGAAAAUAUAACAUUAGAAGAUUCACCGAUUCAACUUGAACCCGAUUUUCUUAUGCGUAUUAUGGAAAUUAAUGAAGAAUUAAUUGAAGAAAAUAAACCAUUUCCACUUGAAUUAGCAAUUGAAAUGCGUCAAGAAAUUGAUAAUCAUAUGAAACAGUUAUCAAUUGCAUUGAAUAAAAUGGAUUUAAACAAAGCUAAAGAAAUUUUAGCUCGAUUACAAUAUUUUAAUAAUAUUAAUGAUAAAUUAAUAGAAUUGGAAACACAACAUGACAUUAUUUAA